AUGUCUGAUGUGUCGUAUCCCAAGAAGAAUCGUCUGUCGACGUUUCUCAGGGCGGACAUUCAGCCCAGGUAUACAGAUUGGCUGCUACUCGCCUGCUGUUUCACGUCUGGCGUGGUAGAUAGCACGAUAUACAAUGCAUACAACACUUUCGUCUCCAUGCAAACCGGUCAGUCUCUAUCCCCUCCAAGCAUCUCCAUUUCAUAUUCUCACAAAGAAUACACAGGAAACACAAUUUUCGUCGGUCUAGGCGCCUCCAACCAAAAUCCCCGACCAUACGGCUGGGCCCGAUCCCUGACCUCAAUCGGGUGCUUCAUCAUAGGGUCGUUUCUCUUCGCGCGUCUCAACCGCCUCCUGGGCUCCAAGAAACGAGGAACCCUGAUCCUCUCCUUUCUCCUCCAGGUCGUCAUGCUGAUCCUCACCGCUGCAUUGGUCACAGGCGGCGCGAUUGCGGGUAUCCCAGAGGACCCGUUUUCGACCAGUGAGGCAGAAACGGAAUGGACGCAGGAAGUACCCAUCGUGCUUUUAAGUAUCCAGUCAGCUGGUCAGAUCGUGGCGAGUCGCGCGUUAGGCUUCAACGAGAUCCCGACAGUCGUGAUCACGAGCCUGAUUUGUGAUAUGAUGUCUGAUCCGAAGUUGUUCUUGUUAAGGAACGAGAAGAGAGAUCGGAGGCUGCUGGCGUUCGUCUUGACGAUGGUGGGUGCUAUUGCUGGAGGUUGGAUCACGAAAGGUACGGGGGAUAUUUAUGCGUCGUUGUGGAUUGCGGCGGGGAUUAAGUUGGGGAUUGCUGGGGCUUGGGUAUUUUGGGGUGAUGAGGUGGUUUCGUCUUGA